UUUAGAACUUAACAGAUCAAAUUAAAGUAAUUGGGAUCGUAUAUAUUUUUCUUGCAGUUGACUGUUUUACCGAUUGUGUACACCCACGCAUGUGAUGAUACGUGAAGAGCAUCGAGAAUGUGUGAUUUUCCGUUGUGCUAUCUUUUGAUAUAAUCACUGUUUUUGCACUUCGACUUCUUUUUAGUAGUUUGACAUAAAACGAGCCUGUCUUAUAUGUACGUCAUGGCAAUCUUUCGAGGUUGUUUUUUCGUUCUUUCUGUUAUCGGCGUAGUAUGUGUAGCUAUGUACAACGGGAUCUCGAAGGAGCCAACUGUGCUCAUUACGAUUCUAGUCAGGAAUAAAGCACACACGUUGCCAUACUUUCUAAGUCUCAUGGAGCAGCUGGAUUAUCCUAAGGAACGAAUGUGCCUUUGGAUAUGCAGCGACAACAAUGUGGACAAUACUAUAGAGAUACUAAAUAAAUGGAUCAAUUCGGAAGGCAAGAAGUAUCAUUGCCUGAAUGUUCAUUUAAACGCAACAUCGAUGGGGUUCGAAGAUGAGAAGACGAUCACCGAUUGGUCAUCCCGUAGAUUCGCACAUGUAAUAAAUUUGCGCGAACAAGCACUUAAUUACGCUAGACAAAUAUGGACCGAUUUCAUUUGGAUGCUGGAUGCCGACGUUUUUUUAACCAAUUCAAGCACUUUACGAAACUUGGUUUUGAAAGGAGAAACUGUUGUAGCACCUUUAUUGAAAUCAGACGGCAUGUAUAGUAAUUUUUGGGCUGGCAUGACAGCGGAAUAUUAUUACGCACGCACAGAUCAGUACGAACCGAUUUUGUAUCGCGAGGAGAUCGGCUGUCACAAUGUGCCCAUGAUCCAUAGUGCAGUUCUUAUAGAUUUGAGAAGAUACGAAUCCGAUCAUUUGACCUAUAAGGCUGAAAAACUGAUCAGCUACGAUGGACCCGUAGACGAUAUUAUAACAUUCGCUAUAGGAGCGAAUAAAUCGGAUGUGCCAUUAUUUGUAUGUAACGACGAAAUUUAUGGUUUUGUCAUGGUACCCCUGGAGAAAGAUGAGACUAUCGCGGAGGAUAUGCAACGGUUGAUUAACACGAAGGUAGAAAUGUUGGCCCACAGCGACUAUUUGCCACUGUCAGAAGAUCUGAAACAAUAUGUAACAUAUCCGGAAAAGGACACCUUCAAUCUGGAUUACAUUUACAUGAUAAAUCUGUUGAGAAGACCGGAGAGACGUAGAAGGAUGCAAAAACUUUUCAAGGAAUUGGGCAUUCAAGCGGAGAUUAUUGACGCCGUGGAUGGUAGGACUUUGAACGAGAGCACCCUGAAGGAAUGGGGCGUGAAACCGAUGCCGGAAUAUGCGGAUCCUUACCACAAGAGGCCGAUGACGACGGGCGAGAUUGGCUGUUUCCUCAGUCAUUAUGUCAUAUGGCAAAAGGUGUUGGAACAUGGUUACAAAGACGUCAUGGUGCUGGAGGAUGAUGUCCGCUUCGAGCCGUUUUUCCGACAGAAGGUCCGCUACGUCUUGACCGAGUUGUCCGAUCUCGAUAUCAAGUGGGAUUUAGUAUAUUUGGGUAGAAAGAGACUGAUGGAGUCGGCGGAGAGCCGAAUACAAGGCUCCAAGUUCCUCGUGCGAGCGACAUACAGUUAUUGGACACUUGGCUACAUUCUGUCGAACAGCGGGGCGAGAAAACUUGUCGACGCUAUGCCUCUCGGGAAAUUAGUUCCUGUUGACGAGUAUCUCCCUAUACUUUCGGAUGCGCACCCCAAGAAGCAGUGGGCGGCGCAGUUCCCCAUUCGGGACUUGAUUAUAUUAUCGACGAAUCCACUUCUGAUACAUCCGACGCAUUACACCGGCGAGAAUGGAUACAUCAGCGACACGGAGGACUCCAAGAUCGUGCGAGACAACGAGUCGCAAACUCGAGAAGAACUAUGAUCCACCAGAAGCUGCGAGAUGAAGGAGAACUAGAGUUGUCUAGUAUAUAUUCGCAAUUCGAUAUCGACGCAAUUAAUUAGCGAAUUGAACGGCAGAUUUGAUGGUAAAGCGAGAUAAAGGCUCGCGAAUACACACUGCCGACCAGUCAAUACUGUUCGGAUUUAGAUGUGAACGUACACUUUACAUUUCAGCAAAGAUAGUUGCCAUUUAUUUAGAACAGAUUUACAUUUUAGCUCGACGUCUAGCAUUUCGCAAGAUCUUUUUUAUUUAACGUAGACAUGCUCGUUUGAUUCGCUCGAUGAGUAUCGUAUACCGUACAUACGUGUACACACACGCGUUUUUAUAUUUUUAUAUAUCGUAUUAACAUUGCGAAUACAAGUGCGUAAUGUUGUGUAAACGUGCCAAUAUUUUCAAUAUAUUUACUUCAAUAUUACAACCUUAUUAUAAUUAUGCAGUGUUCCAAAGAAUUAUCUAAUUUUUUUCAGCUGUCUGUGACAAAAUUUUUGAUUGAUUCUUGCGUGUUAUAUAUUUCGGCAAGUGAUUUAAUUUUGUAACGAGGGUAAAGAAAGAAAGAAAAUAGGUACGGGCAAAUGAAGAGAGAUGAAAAAGGAGAAAAG